AUGGCAUUAGCAAACAGGAUCAACACAUUUUUGCCUGCACUGAUUUCUACAGAUCAAGUGGGGUUUGUCCCCAGGAGGGAGCACAAUAAGCAUACUAAUAAUGCACCACUUAAUAACAAGCACAAUAAGCAUACUAAUAAUGCAUCACUUAACAAGCACAAUAAGCAUACUAAUAAUGAACCACUUAAUAACAAGCACAAUAAGCAUACUAAUAACGCACCACUUAACAAGCACAAUAAGCAUACUAAUAACGCACCACUUAACAAGCACAAUAAGCAUACUAAUAACGCACCACUUAACAAGCACAAUAAGCAUACUAAUAACGCACCACUUAACAAGCACAAUAAGCAUACUAAUAACGCACCACUUAACAAGCACAAUAAGCAUACUAAUAAUGCACCACUUAACAAGCACAAUAAGCAUAUUAAUAAUGCACCACUUAACAAGCACAAUAAGCAUACUAAUAAUGCACCACUUAACAAGCACAAUAAGCAUACUAAUAAUGCACCACUUAACAAGCACAAUAAGCAUACUAAUAAUGCACCACUUAAUAACAAGCACAAUAAGCAUACUAAUAAUGCACCACUUAAUAACAAGCACAAUAAGCAUACUAAUAAUGCACCACUUAAUAACAAGCACAAUAAGCAUACUAAUAAUGCACCACUUAAUAACAAGCACAAUAAGCAUACUAAUAAUGCACCACUUAAUAACAAGCACAAUAAGCAUACUAAUAAUGCACCACUUAAUAACAAGCACAAUAAGCAUACUAAUAAUGCACCACUUAACAAGCACAAUAAGCAUACUAAUAACGCACAACUUAAUAGCAAGCACAAUAAGCAUACUAAUAAUGCACCACUUAAUAGCAAGCACAAUAAGAAUACUAAUAAUGCACCACUUAAUAACAAGCACAAUAAGCAUACUAAUAAUGCACCACUUAAUAACAAGCACAAUAAGCAUACUAAUAAUGCACCACUUAAUAACAAGCACAAUAAGCAUACUAAUAAUGCACCACUUAAUAACAAGCACAAUAAGCAUACUAAUAAUGCACCACUUAAUAGCAAGCACAAUAAGCAUACUAAUAAUGCACCACUUAAUAACAAGCACAAUAAGCAUACUAAUAAUGCACCACUUAAUAGCAAGCACAAUAAGCAUACUAAUAACGCACCACUUAACAAGCACAAUAAGCAUACUAAUAACGCACAACUUAAUAGCAAGCACAAUAAGCAUACUAAUAAUGCACCACUUAAUAACAAGCACAAUAAGCAUACUAAUAAUGCACCACUUAAUAACAAGCACAAUAAGCAUACUAAUAAUGCACCACUUAAUAACAAGCACAAUAAGCAUACUAAUAAUGCACCACUUAACAAGCACAAUAAGCAUACUAAUAAUGCACCACUUAAUAACAAGCACAAUAAGCAUACUAAUAAUGCACCACUUAACAAGCACAAUAAGCAUACUAAUAAUGCACCACUUAAUAACAAGCACAAUAAGCAUACUAAUAAUGCACCACUUAAUAACAAGCACAAUAAGCAUACUAAUAAUGCACCACUUAAUAACAAGCACAAUAAGCAUACUAAUAAUGCACCACUUAAUAACAAGCACAAUAAGCAUACUAAUAAUGCACCACUUAACAAGCACAAUAAGCAUACUAAUAAUGCACAACUUAAUAGCAAGCACAAUAAGCAUACUAAUAAUGCACCACUUAAUAACAAGCACAAUAAGCAUACUACUAAUGCACCACUUAAUAACAAGCAUACUAAUAAUGCACCACUUAAUAACAAGCACAAUAAGCAUACUAAUAAUGCACCACUUAAGCACAAUAAGCAUACUAAUAACGCACCACUUAAUAACAAGCACAAUAAGCAUACUAAUAAUGCACCACUUAAUAACAAGCACAAUAAGCAUACUAAUAAUGCACCACUUAACAACAAGCAUACUAAUAAUGCACCACUUAACAAGCACAACAAGCAUGCUAAUAAUGCACCACUUAACAAGCACAAUAAGCAUACUAAUAAUGCACCACUUAAUAACAAGCACAAUAAGCAUACUAAUAAUGCACCACUUAAUAACAAGCACAAUAAGCAUACUAAUAAUGCACCACUUAAUAACAAGCACAAUAAGCAUACUAAUAAUGCACCACUUAAUAACAAGCACAAUAAGCAUACUAAUAAUGCACCACUUAAUAACAAGCACAAUAAGCAUACUAAUAAUGCACCACUUAACAAGCACAAUAAGCAUACUAAUAAUGCACCACUUAACAAGCACAAUAAGCAUACUAAUAAUGCACCACUUAACAAGCACAAUAAGCAUACUAAUAAUGCACCACUUAACAAGCACAAUAAGCAUACUAAUAAUGCACCACUUAACAAGCACAAUAAGCAUACUAAUAAUGCACCACUUAACAAGCACAAUAAGCAUACUAAUAAUGCACCACUUAAUGACAAGCACAAUAAGCAUACUAAUAACGCACCACUUAACAAGCACAAUAAGCAUACUAAUAAUGCACCACUUAAACACAAUAAGCAUACUAAUAAACGCACCACUUAA